AGUGGAUACAUAUUCCCAUAUAUCUCUCCGGACAGAAAUGAAAAAUCAAUAUGCGCCCAGCUCCCCCAAUUCAUCAACAAACCGCGUCCUAACCGAAAUCCCCAAUUCCCCAUACCGGAGCAUCGCUGUGAUGGCGUCGGCGUCGGAGAUGCAGCCCCUGGCGCCGUCUGGUUACCGGCGGGCGCCGGAGAUGAAGGAGAAGGUGGAGGCGUCGUCGGUGGACCUGGAGGCGGGCAACGGGGAGAUGCUCUACCCGGGGAUCUCCCGCGGGGAGAACGCCCUCCGCUGGGGUUUCAUCCGGAAGGUCUACGGCAUCCUCUGCGCGCAGCUGCUCCUGACCACCAUCGUCUCCGCCGUCACCGUCCUCCACCCCACCCUCAACGCCACGCUCUCCUCCUCCCCUGUCCUCGCGCUCGUGCUCGCUGUCCUCCCCUUCGUCCUGAUGAUCCCAUUGUAUCAUUAUCAGCACAGACACCCACACAAUUUUGUUUUCCUUGGUCUGUUCACCCUGUGCUUGAGCUUCAGCAUUGGUGUGGCGUGUGCUAACACUGAAGGAACUAUUGUGCUUGAGGCAUUAGUCCUGACCUCUGCUGUGGUUGCCUCUUUGACUGCAUAUACAUUCUGGGCUUCAAAGAAGGGCAAGGAAUUUGGUUAUCUUGGACCAUUUCUCUUUUCUGCUCUUACUAUCCUUGUUGUGACAAGCUUUAUCCAGAUUUUCUUCCCAUUUGGACCUGCAUCAAAUGCUGUGAUCGGUGGAUUUGGAGCUCUAGUCUUCUCAGGCUUCAUUGUCUACGACACCGAGAACUUGAUAAAGCGCCACACUUAUGACGAGUACAUUUGGGCGUCUGUUGGGCUUUACCUCGACAUCCUCAACCUGUUCCUUACUAUCCUAAAUAUGCUCAGGCAAAAUGAUAACUAGUGGGUUCAUCCGUACCAGCUGGACCUUGUUUCAACUCAAUUUAGGUCCAACCUUUAUCAUGUCUUUUGAACUGCAAUCUAUAUAACUCAGAAGACCCUGUAAUACCUUUUUCUAUCAUCCAUUGGAUGAGGCAAAAGUACAACGUAUGUAUAGGUGUUCGAGCGUGAGUUUCUGUGUCUAGUGAUAUGUUGUCAAACAGUCGGUUAUCCCAUGAACGAUUGUCUCAAGACGCCAAUAAUUUCUACAUUUAUAUAUGCCCUUCUACAUUUAGUUUGUGAAAA